AUACAAUAUGUUUUAUUUUAAUUGAAACUUGCAACACAUCAAGAUGGCCUAGCAGUGUAAGUUAUAUUUAACAAUUUACAGAGUCAUUUCAACAGACGAAAAGAGAAUAAUUUGGAUGGCAAGUUGAUAGGAUUGAAGGAAAAAAGGAGAUAUACUCGAUUGAAUAUCAAAAUUAUUUUCUUGUUGCCACAGAUUCGAUUAUACGAUUAUCAAAUACGCCCAAAAACCCUUCAUUUAUAAGCUUUUUUAUUUUUAUUCCCAGACUAUUUUAUUGUACCUUUUUUUAUUGCCCCCUUUUUUUCUUUUGCUUACACAAUGUCUGCUAUUCAAUCAUUCAAAUUAAACAAUGGUCUUGAUAUCCCGGCUAUUGGUCUUGGUACAUGGCAAUCAAAGCCUCAACAAGUGUAUCAAGCUGUUCUUGCUGCUCUAAAAGCAGGAUACAGACAUAUCGAUACUGCUGCUGUCUAUCGAAAUGAGAAGGAAAUAGGACAGGCUAUCAAGGAUAGUGGUAUUCCGCGUGAACAGCUCUUUAUUACUACAAAACUCUGGAAUACAAACCACCGACCUGAACUUGUAGAACAAGCUAUUAACCAAUCCCUUGCCAAUUUACAACUUGACUAUCUUGAUUUAUACCUUAUGCAUUGGCCAAUUGCCUUUCAACCUUCCAAAUACGCUAUUCCAAAGGAUGACAAGGGAAAUGUUGCUCUUGACAAAACCGUUGAUUUUGUUCAAACUUAUGCUGCAAUGGAAAAAUUAGUAGCUUCUGGCAAGACACGUGCUAUUGGUGUAAGCAAUUUCAAUAUUCCAAACCUUGAUCGUCUCUUGAAGAACUGCAAAAUUAUUCCAGCUGUUAAUCAAGUAGAAAUGCAUCCUUAUUUAGCUCAGCCUGACUUACUGGAGUUUUGCCAAAAGUAUAAUGUUCAUGUAACAGCUUACUCACCAUUAGGCAGUACGAAUUCACCAGUUAUGCAGGAACCUGUCGUGUUGAGUAUUGCUGCAAGGCACCAAGUAACUCCAGCACAAAUCCUUUUAUCCUGGGGAAUUCAUCGUGGCUGCUCUGUCAUUCCUAAAUCAGUUACUCCUUCUCGCAUUGUUUCCAACUUACAAGCUGUUAAGCUGGACACAAAAGACUUUCAAGCACUUGAGGAACUCGUUGCGACCAAGACUGCCGAACGGCUGGUUGAUCCAUCUUCGCUCUGGGGUGUAGACAUUUAUAAAUCAAAGCUAUAAACUGCUUUCUGUUGCUUGUGUUUGUAUCAAUAAACGCCUCUUUAUGAAUAAAUCUUGUAGAAGCCAUUCAAGUGUUUUUUUUUUAAUUAUGAGCCAUUGUGCAAGUG